AUGCGUCACACAUUUGACGAGUUGGGAGUGAGAACGUGCCUACAGUCAGAAAAAUUAUUAAAAAUUGUAAUUGUAAUCUUUUUUUUUCUUCUAGUUCCAAACACAACGAGGAUCAUCCUGCUGGGGAAAACUGGAGCUGGGAAGAGCAGCCUCGCUAACACUAUUUUAGGAAGGAAAGAGUUCAAAGUUCUAAAUUUUUCUGACUCACAAGCAAAUGUUUGUGAAGCAAAGUCUGGAUCUGUCGAUGGAAGAAACCUGACUUUGAUUGACACUCCUGGUUUUUUUAGCCCAGGAUUUUCAGAGCAGGAGCUGAAGCAUGAGAUACAAAGGUGUGUCACAAAGUGUUUUCCUGGUCCUCAUGCUUUCAUUAUUGUGCUCAGAGUGGAGAAAUUCACAGAGCAGGAGACGGCUGUCAUCAGGAAACUGCAGGAGUGUUUUUCUGCAGAGGUAUUUAAAUAUUCUACAGUUGUCUUCACAGAUGGUGACCAGUUACCUGACAGAAUGAGCAUCGAGGAGUUCAUCACAAAUAACAAACCUCUGAAAGAUUUGGUAGACAAGUGUGGUGGUCGGUGCCACGUUGUAGAUAAUAAGUACUGGACAAACCAGCAGGACGAGUACAGGAACAACCAGUGCCAGGUGACACAGCUGGUCAACACAAUAGAGAACAUGCUGAUGGAAAAUGAAGGAGGCGGCUACACCACUGAGAUGCUGAAAGACUGGCAGAGACAACAAGAAGAGCGCAGUAAACCAUCAUCAUUAUCAACUUCUCUCCAAAGAGUCUACAGACUUUUGACAAAAUACACAACCAAAAAAUCUGUUAAAGUCCUGGUAGGUGUAGCUGUGAUCCUUGGGGCACUGCUUUAUUUAAAAAAGUGUGACCACAUCGCAUCACAAUGCAGCAGUGGUAACGUAAAACACACGCACUGA